UGUUGGUCCAGAAAAUCAGUCUUCCAUUCAUUGUCUAUGGAGCAGCUCCAGACUUUAUACCCUUUGACAUCACAAGUUUAAGACUUACAUCUCUGGUUUCUGGCUUUGAGAGAGAGGAGCUCAUGUUCACAGAUAUUGGUUGAACUUUCCUUGACCAUGGAAAUAACAUAUUGGAAUUAUUAAUUUAGGUAGUGUUCCCCUUUAAAAGGAGAUAAUCAGAAUUUUAUUUCCAGGAACCAGUCUCUCUGGGAGACACAUACCGUGCAAGUCAGUGCGAAUGAAGACAAAUGAGACAUGAAGCUGCAUCUGCAGAGCACCGACUACGGUAAGAUGCUGUCCUCUGAAGAGGACCUGACUGUGUCUCUGGUGGACAGCAAGCUGAGGGAGAACCUGGUGACUGAGUUCAGCUGCCUUCGCUCCAACGCCCUGCCUCCACUAUCCACCUUCCUUGACUAUAUAACCUACAGCUACAUGAUCGACAAUGUGGUGAUGCUGAUCACCGGGGCCCUGAAACAGAGAGAUGUGGAAGAGCUUCUCCCACGAUGUCACCCACUGGGAGCUUUUGACCAAAUGGCAGCGGUGGGCAUCGCUCGCACCCCGACCGAGCUCUACACGGCCAUCCUGGUGGACACACCGCUAGCUCAGUUUUUCCAGGAUGCUGUAUCUGAGUCCAACCUGGACGAAAUGGAAGCUGAGAUCCUCAGAAACAAAUUGUUUAAGGCAUAUUUAGAGUCUUUCCACUCUUUCUGCAAGAAUAUUGGUGGUGCCACAAGAGAUAUAAUGUGCCCUGUCUUGGAGUUUGAGGCAGACAGGCGGGCCUUCAUCAUCACAGUGAACUCGUUUGGAACGGAUCUCAGCGGUGCAGAAAGGAGUGCGUUGUAUCCAUCGUGUGGCAAACUUUACCCUGAAGGGCUGCAACUGCUGGCCAGGGCAGAGGACCACGAGCAAGUCAAAGCAGUGGCCGACUGUUACCCGGUGUAUAAAAUAAUCUUUGAUGACCCUGAGCCAGGAUCAGGAUUUAAGACUCUGGAAGACAGAUUCUUUGAACAAGAGGUGAAGCUGAACACGCUCGCUUUCCUGCAGCAGUUCCAUUAUGGAGUAUUUUACUCAUACAUCAAACUGAAGGAGCAGGAGAGCCGCAACAUUGUCUGGAUCGCCGAGUGUGUCGUGCAGAGACAGAAGUCCAAGAUACACAACUACAUACCCAUCUUCCAGGGAACCAAUUAACUGAGCAAUAAAGAGCAACACAAAGGUUGCAUCCGAAGUCUCAUACUAACAUGUUAUUUAGCACGCUAAAA